AGAGGAAGCUAAAAACGGGAAAGGUUUUAAAUCAAUGCUCCUGAAAUCAAUCUGCAUAAGGGAAAGAAAAGAAAUAUAUUUUUUUUAAUAAAAAAUAAUCAGUCAAGCCCUGGCUUUCAGGUCAGAGCUCCGGUUCAGUCCGUGCCAGUGAAGCGCUCGAUAUUAACCGCGUUUUAAAAUGUCGACCGGGCAGCUGGCCGGUUAUUCCCCCAGUUUCAAGAAGCCGUCGGAGACGCUGAGGCUGAGGAGGAAGCGGGCCCGCAGCUCGCCGCGCCUCGGCCUCUCCUCGGACCCACCGUCGCCGGCUGAGAAAGAGGAGCCGGGCCGCCACAACAAACGGCAGAGGGGCAGGAGGAACCCGUUCGUCAACAUCGGCAACACCGGGUGGCUGUCGGGGGCAGAGGCCGGGGCGGGCUGGCCCGAGGAGACCGGCAAUCCCCUGCACCGCUCGCUCUCCGCCCAAGAGUGGAAGACCGCGGCCGCCGCCGGCAAAGCGAAACCGAGCAGCUGCGAAUGGGACGGCCAGGUGUCUUCUAAGAAAGAUGAAGAUUCCAUGUGGGAAGGCGAAGACUUAAUUUCUCAAGUGCAGUCAGGCCCUGUACUAAUUCAGAACUUACAGAAUCCUGAAGCAUUAUCUGAAUGCACAUCUUUACCCAAAGAGUUUCCUGCAGACUGGAGUGUCAAAACAUGGGUACUUUUCAAAUCCCCUUACCCUUUUACUUGGACAGGUCAUCUCAAGGCAUCAGAGGAAGCCAAAGGGUUAAUACAGCACUGUCGUUCCUCAGUAGUUGAUUUCCCUCUGCAUAUAGAGGACCCAAGAUCAUGCACAGAUUUACGCUGUGCAUUUCAGCAGAGUCUUGUAUACUGGCUUCAUCCCUCUCUGCCAUGGCUAUCGCUUUUCCCUCGAAUAGGAGCAGAACGGAAAAUGGCAGGCAAGAACAGUCCGUGGUCACAAGAUGUAGAACUCCAGCAAGUGCUAAUGAGUGAAUGGUCACUCAGCUUUAGUUCAUUAUAUAACUUACUACGAGCCAAGCUUUGCCCCUUUUUCUACUUCUGCACAUAUCAAUUCACUGUCCUGUUCCGGGCACCUGGAGUAGCAGGGAGUGGUGUGCUGACGGCUGUUAUUUCCCCUACAACAAGGGGCCUUAGAGAAGCUAUGAAAAAUGAAGGGAUCACAUUUUCCUUGCCCUUGCUGGAAGAUGGUAAAAAUGGAAAGAAAAAAGUAAACGAAACUGCAGAUGUGGAAAGAGACACUCUAGGUUUUGAAACACAGGAAGCAAGCUCAGACAUUCAUAAAGAACAAGCUGGUAGUAGUGAUGAUGAUGAUGGAGGGUUUUCCUGGCUCAAGGAGAUGGGAGUACAGGACAAAAUUAAGAAGCCUGAUUCCGUGUCCAUUAAACUUCGUAAGGAGCACAAUGUGGUCCGUAUGGACCAUAAGCCUGAAUCAGCUGCACUGGUGAAGGGCCUUCACACAUUCACUUUGUUGAACUUCCUGAUAAACAAUAAGAGUAUUGUAGCUGGAUCUGGACCCCAGGCAGGGCUUCCACCUACUCUCUUGGCACCUGUUGCAUUCAGAGGAGCUACUAUGCAGACAUUAAAGGCCCGAAGCAUUAAUGUUAGGACACAGAAUCACUCUGGGAUGAUGGAAUCCCACAGUCUUGAGAUCACUGGUCCCAUCAUGCCUCACUCCCUCCACUCUCUGACACUAAUGUUGAAGUCGGCACAGAAAGGAAGAUUCACAGCCAGCUUUCUCACACAUGAACCAACUUCUGUGUUUAAUGUAGCUCUCAAAAUGGAGCAACAUGAAAACAAGGACCUGUCUUCAGAUGAGCUGUCUAAUAGUGGUCUACACCCUGAAACUCUGAAUCAACUGAUGCAGCAGCCAACCUUUGGAAAAUCCUCUAUGAAGCAUCUAGAAAUGAAUGACUACAAAUAUACCUGGAAAUUAUGAACUCUACCAGCAAUUUUAGUGGUAGCUGUGAUUUCCUUAAAAAAAAUUGUUCUGUCAGUAGAUGCUUUUGUUUUAGGUGUUCAGCAACAUGCAGGUGUGAAGCUUGAGAAAACUACAGAUGGAUUUUAUCUGUGAAAGUUGAUGAAAGCAAUGAAGGAGCAACAAACAUUAAGUGUAUUAAUUGACCACAUCCAUGCCAUUAUUAAUGUAGUAUUGUACAUUUGUAUUAGCUGUACUAUCUAAAAUUAGGUUUCUUUAAUAUAACAAGUGCAUAUCAUAUUUUUAAUAAUGUGGAAAUUCAAAGCUGGGGUUGUCAUGGGCUGCUAUUUGUAAAGUCCUCUUUGAUUUUCAUUGCAAAGGCAUCUAGUGAGAUUUCCCAUUAUUGUUUACAGAUCGGUCCUACUGUCAGAGCCCACUCCAGCAAACUAAGAGCUGUUUUUCCCUCUGGAAAUGGUGUGGCAUUAAUAGGUAGGAUGAUGUUCUUUAACUUUAUAAGAGGUUAUAUGACAAAAAUGGGAUUUUAUUUGUCUUUUGUUUUAAAUAGAGUAUACAUAUAUUAUCAAUAUCAGAGAACUUUGUCCAGAAUCUCAAUUUUCUUUGUUUUAUCUCAGUUAGGUUAUAGACGGAAAUGCAGAUACCUUUAAGUUCUCUUGUGGUAACUGUUCAGCUGUUGAUUAAUCGAUCAUGCAUAUGUGAUCUCAAUGUAAUUUUAUUUCAUAUUCAUGGCUAGCUUCACAAAAAGUAGCCUGUUAUCUGUUUGCAUGAGGUCUUUCAGAGGGCUGUUUUAUUCAACUUUUUGGUGAGUUAAAAAUAUAAUUUCUAACUUAGGUGUGUUUUUAAAACAAAACAGCCCAAUCUAGUCAAAUAACAGACACCACAAGAAAAUAAAAUUUCUAGAAGAAUCACCCCAUUAUUUAAUUGGAUGUUCACCUGUUCAAAUUCAACGAAUUAAAAGACAACGUUUGGAGAAU